UCCAAAUGCACUAUUCUGUGCCUAUUGUGAUGUGCUUUGUAAUCCAGGCAUGUUUAAUUCCCAUUUGGCAGGGCAGAAUCAUCGCUGUCAAGUGAUUUUCCACUUCAUGAGAAGCAAAAGGCAAAUCUUGCAUGAAGAUAAACAUGGCAUAAAAGUGAUAUCUAAUCAUGAUGUUGACAAUGGCAUUUUGGUUGAAGAUGUAACCAUCGACCAACCUGUAACAAUUGAUAUAACUAUUGAAAAUGAGAGCAGUGAAAAUUCAGUUAAAUUGUUACUUGGUGUGUUAUUGAUGGGUGCUUCUUCAUUUGAAAUGAAUGAAAUAAAGGAUGUUAAUAUUCCACCAGAAGACACAUUUACAUUUUCAAUAAAGUGUAAUCCACAGUUCGUCAACAAUUACAGAAAUGUGGUGGCGCUUGCUUUUGCGCUUCCAGACAAAUCCUUUUUUCAAAUUCUUCGGAACAUUGUUGUGGAAGUGGAGUCUGACCUGACAAAAGAACUGCAACCAACAUCUCCCUAUGUUAAACCACCAAGAGCAACUAAGCGCAGUAUUCCCUCACAUGUUAUAGAAGGCAUGUCAUUAUCUUCUGCUUCAUCCGAUAGUCUGGUUAUGAUCAAACUAACAUCAUACAACGUUCCUAACAGCUUGAGAUAUAAGGUGAAUAACGGAGACACUGAUGAUGUUAGAGAAAAGUUGAAAGAGAAACUGACAUACGAAAAUUAUGCAGAUAAGUUCUCCACAUUAUUACAUAUUGAAGAACUUCAGAUGGAUGUGGAUAUUGGGAAGUACAAGAUGAAGGAUGCAACGAUGACCCGGGAUAGAGAUAAAAGGUUACUCAGACUAAAGGUUCCUGGGUUGGCUGAGAAUCGUCCCUCAGUACUGAGAGGGGAUCACUUGUUUGCGGUACCGAAGGACAGUUUUUACAAAGGCAAAUUUUACAAGGGCUAUGUCCAUCGUGUGGAAAUGGAAGAACUUGUUCUAGGUUUUGACUCAAGCCUAGUAAAAGGUUAUAUAGAUAAUUCAAAGUUUGAAAUACACUUUACAUUCAACCGGCUACCUUUAAGGCUUCAACAUCGAGCAGUGAGCAUUCCGAUUUUGCUCAGAGAUUUCCUUUUCCCCAAGGAAACAACUUUCUUACGUCCACUUUGCAAUCCUGCAAUAACGUUUUUUGAUAGUAAUAUUGGAAAAAAUGAUCAACAAAGUGCAGCAGUUAGACACAUUACUGAAGGAUCAUCAAGGCCUGCCCCAUACCUUGUGUUUGGCCCGCCAGGUACAGGAAAAACAGUUACCAUUGUAGAAGCCAUCAAACAGGUUAACAAGCACAUUGAAGGAAGCAUGAUCUUAGCUUGUGCACCUUCCAAUAGUGCUGCAGACCUGAUAGCAGUGAGACUGUUGAAAAACAGUGCAAUUUCCAAGUCAGCCAUUUAUCGUAUGAAUGCAAAAACUCGGGGUUGGGGCACAGUGAAUGAAACUCUUAAGGAGGCUAAAUGUUGCAAUUAUAACUCCCUGACUUGUGAAAAUGAAUUUCCUUCUAAAGAAGUGAUUCAAAAGUAUAGAAUAGUGGUGACUACACUAGUUACGGCUGGAAGACUUGCGAGUGCCAACUUCCCACUCAACCACUUUACUCAUGUUUUCAUUGAUGAAGCUGGACAUGCUGAGGAGCCAGAAGCCAUCAUAGCUGUCUACAGCCUGCUGAGCCCAUACAAUUUUAAAGGAGGUCAGCUUGUACUUGCCGGAGAUCCAAAACAACUGGGACCAGUACUGAGGUCACCAAUGGCCAUCAAGUUUGGCUUAGCUACGUCAUUCCUUGAGAGGUUAAUGACUGAAAACCCACUCUAUGCACGUAAAGAGGAGGAACCGCAUUACAAUCCGAAGGUGAUGACAAAGCUGCUGCAGAAUUAUAGAUCCCAUCCUGAAAUCUUGAAGUUGCCAAAUGAACUGUUCUACGAUAACGAACUAGAGGCCAAAGCUGACAUAUUCAUGAGAGAGACGAUGUGUCGAUGGGAAGAACUACCAAAAAAGAAUUUUCCAUUAAUCUUCCAUGGUGUUGAAGGGAAAGAUGAAAAAGAAGGAACCAGUCCAUCAUUUUUCAACACCAAAGAAUGUGAUGCUGUUCUUACAUAUAUUAAGCAGCUGAUGGAGGGAAAGUAUUCGGGAAAGAAGUUGCAACAGUCAGAUAUUGGCAUCAUCUCACCCUAUCGUAAGCAGGUUCAAAAGAUUCAGCAAGUCCUUAAGCGCAACUACGAAAAAAUCAAAGUUGGCUCAGUCGAAGAAUUCCAGGGACAGGAGAGACUAGUCAUUAUAAUAUCAACCGUACGUAGUAAUAAUGAACACUAUUUGCAAAUGGACAAGGAUUUCAAACUUGGUUUUCUAGACAAUCCAAAGAGAUUCAAUGUUGCGAUCACUCGUGCAAAGGCAUUAUUAAUUGUUAUCGGAAACCCUGUAGUGCUAAGCAAAGAUAAAAACUGGAAAAGUCUUAUCUACUUCUGCAAUAAAAGCGGAGGCAGCAAAGGAAUGAACUAUCAAAUUGAUAAUGAAGAUGAGGUAAAGAACUUACUCAUUAAACUUGAUGGCACUAAAAUCACUGAGUCUGCUCUGGAAGAAGAAAACAACACAGGUAUCAGCCCCGUCACGCAGCAUAAUGACCCACCAUGGCGUACAGAACGGAUGUAGUGUCGUGCUAUAAGGUUAUUAACUUUUCAAAUCAGCAUGGAGUUGAAUAGUCCAGUGGUUAAAAUGCUUGCCUUCUGAUUCCAGAAUCGUGGGUUCAAUUCCUGUCAGCUGGAAUGUUUCUCAAGACUAAAAACAACUCCACUCUUUUUAUGAGGCUUAGUUUAUAAAGCAUCAUUCUCAUUCUGUUAACUGGCGAGUGUACAUGCUGUUGGAUGUGAGGGAAGUGAACAAAAAAAAAACAUGCAUUUGUGAGACUCACAUAUCCCUGGCCCAGUUCCUAUUGUCAGUUGUUAUACUGAUUGACACUCUGGAAAGGUCAAUUGCUGUAAUCUGGAUCUCAUUAAAAGUUAAAACCCUGUUGAUCCUUCUUAACAUGCAGAUGGUUUUUGUUUAAAUUAUUUUUUAAAGUUUUCUUCAUACAUUUUCCUCAUAGACAGUACAUAUUAAGGUCAUUGGUACUAUUUUAAAUAAAUAUAUGUUUCAUGUUUUUACAAAUUUUAAAUGCAUGUAAUUUUCUCAAGUUAUGUCAAGCAUCUGAUUUGUUAAUUGUAUAGACCAAUGUGUUCUAAUAAACUACCUUAAGUCUGAGUUGGCUUUUUAAAUUUAGAAAAAUUGCGAAUGGUAAUGGUAAAUGGUCUGUAUUAUUGAAUAACACACCUAAAUAGAUCCUUGUCAUUUGAUUGUUGGAUUUCGUGUCACAUGACAUUGGUUAUUUACCCCAUUUUGUCACCACUCAUGGAAAUUUAGUUGCACUGUUCAUUUUUACUUCCAUCCAUGUAUUUUCGUUCCAUCCAUUUCGCUCCAUCGCACGGCGGCUGACUUCAACCUAAUAUAAUCUUUUGAUUGGUUAAAAAGAUGCUGGACUGUUCCAUUUAGUAAAAGGGUAGAUUUCCAUAAAAUAUCUAAUGACAAAAAUCUCUAUUCAGAAAAAAAUUGAUUUUUUUUUUCCCCAUAAAAUAUCAAAUGACAAGAAUCUAUUUUAGGUGUGGUUAUAAAACAAAUAAUGAAUGUUUUUUAUUCGCUCAAUGGACAGAAUAUUUUUAUUUGUUGAAAGAUUGACUGAAUUCCAUUCAUCUGGACUCUGCCUCGUCGAAUGGAACAGUUAAUCUUUCUACUCAUGAAAAUAUUCUUCCCAUUGCACUCAUAAACAUUCGUUAUUUCUAUAAUGAUUAUUUAAUGAGUGGCUGUUGAAAUGGAAUUACAAUAAUAUAUUUGGUUGAAACUUUUUUUUAUUAUUUUGUAGUUUAUUGUUGACUAUCAAUUUAUCUGUCUAAAAAAAAUAAAUGUGAAUGGCUUAUAAUGUAGAUAAAAAUACAGAUCUUUACGAUCUUUCAAGAUAUGAGUAUUUUUAU